AUGGUAACAACAAAGACAACAGUUGCCCCAACUACAACUGCUCCAAAUACAACAACUACAGCUGCUCCAAAUACACCAACUACACCUGCUCCAAAUACACCAACUACAGCUGCCCCAAAAACUACCACUGCUGCCCCAACACCCACCACUGUUGCCCCAAUGGCAACAACAAUGACAACUGCUGCCCCAACCACAACUACUGUUGCCGCAACCAUAACUACAGCUGCCCCAAAUACACCAACUAUAGCUGCCCCGAAUACACUACCUACAGCUGCCCCAUAUACACCACCUACAACUGCCCCAAAUACACCACUUACAGCUGCCCCAACCACAACAACUACAACUGCCCCGAAUACAUUAACUACGGCUACCACAACAACUACAGCUGCCCCAGAAAACACCACUACUGCCCCAACAACCACAACUGCUGCCCCAACCACAACUACAGCUGCCGGAACAACAGAUGCCCCAACAACAACUACAGUUGUCCCAACUACAACUGUUGCAACAGCCACCACUGCUGCCCCAAUGAUACAGGCCUACAUAAGAGUAUCCAUAGCAACGUCCUCAGUAGCCACAUCCACCCGGGCGAAAUGCCUGGGCUGCAGCGAGUCCCGCGGGAUUUCGGAGGAAGCGGAAGUGUCCGAGGAGCAGCGGGCGGAGGAAGUGAUAUGCCGGGGCUGGGUUUGGAUGGGCGAGGUGUGGGUUAGCGGCGAUGGUUUGGCCCCGCGUUCUCAUCCACUGCAGCAGCGGACGGACGGAUGGAUGGCGGUGGAGGUGCCCAUUGUGGUUAAGGGCUGGGUGGAUGCAUAG